GUAUCGCUACUACGUAACCCGGAGCGAGUGAGUCGUCGUCGUACCUGAGGCGAAGAGAGUAGACAGGUUAUCUUUCGUUCCAGGAAUUGGCUCCUUAAAACCUUGAAAAAUGGCAAGUGGCCUCAGCUCCCGAGUGAUCAGCCGAAACAUUACGAGGACCAUCCGCGGCCCAUGGAACUUCGUGGCUGGCAAGCGUUGUCUUCCGGUUGAUAGUUCUGGAUCGAUGAAGGUUAUUGAACCUGCCUCUGGAGAGCUCCUUUGCGGUGUACCCAUCUCUGGAACAGAAGAAGUCAACCGAGCUGUUGGCGUUGCUAAAGGAGUAUUUGCAACAUGGAGUAAACUCUCAGGAAGAGAAAGAGGAGAGAAGCUGUUAAGAGCAGGACAGAUUAUCAGGGAAAACCUUGAAGAUAUAUCCAGGUUGGAGGUGCGGGACACUGGAAAACCUAUUUGGGAAGCACGUCUGGAUAUUACCUCGUGUGCUGAUGCUUUGGAGUACUAUGGGGGUCUUGCUCCCUGUAUUGUUGGUCAGCACGUUCCAUUACCCGGAGGAUCCUUUGCCAUGGUACAAAAGGAGCCACUUGGGGUCAUAGGAGGUGUUGGUGCGUGGAACUUCCCCAUGCAGACCUGCAUUUGGAAGGUUGCUCCAGCUUUGGCCUGUGGGAAUACAUUUGUGUACAAACC